AUGUUUGGAGGUGCUGUAUCUGCUCCUACCAACAGUCCACAUCUACGGAAGUCAGGAAGCCGACCUGCAAUUUUUGAUCUAGGUACAACUGAGUCGGGUAAUAGUUCAGGAGAAGAUUUCUUGCAUUCUGUAGUGUUAAAUGAAAUGAAGGGUGUGAGCACAUCGUUGACCAGUGCGGCAAUUUUUCCAUCUCCUGUUCUUCUGUGGAGAUUUAAGGUACUGUUGUUUUUCCUCUGGGGCUUCAUUUGUUGCAAGAUUGGAUGGGAUUCAGUUAUGAGAAUGAGUGCAGAUCUGCGAGAUUUAUUUUUAUAUGAGGCUUUUUUGUAUUAUAAUCCUCUUCUUCUUGUGACCAUGAUGGUUUGGCUUUGGGGAAUAAAUUUAUGGGUCUUUGUCCAGGCUAAUGUUGGAUAUGCUAAAAUUUUUGACCUCGAUCAAAGCCAUCUCACUCAUAGAGAAAUAUGGAAGUGUGCCAUCUGGAUGACAAUUAUUGUCCCAACUAGCAUGACGGCAUAUCUUUAUCUUUAUUCUCAUGGAGAAGUUUCAUUGGCUGCAUCCCAACCAGUGCUCUUAUAUGCUGCUGUGGCAAUGACCCUCAUAUUUCCCUUCGACAUUUUCUAUUUAUCAACUCGCUACUUUUUGUUAAGAACUUUGUGGCGAAUAAUUUUCCCUUUACAGGCAAUAACAUUUCCUGACUUCUUUUUGGCUGAUAUAUUGACCUCAAUGUCAAAGGUUUUUUCAGAUUUGGAGCGUUCAGUUUGUCGAAUGGUCCAUCGCCAGGUUGCUACAAUUGCAUGGUUUGAAGCUGAUUCUGUUUGUGGAAGUCACUCCAUUGCAAUCCCUAUAGUUCUUGUUUUGCCUUAUAUUUUUCGAUUUUUUCAAUGUCUUCGGCAAUACAAGGAUACUAGAGAGAAAACAACUCUAUUCAAUGCUUUGAAGUAUUCAACAGCAGUCCCUGUUAUUUUUCUUUCGGCCCUUAAGUAUCAUGUCUUCCCCGAUAAGUGGACAAAUGUCUAUCGGCCUUUGUGGCUUCUCUCCAGUGUUUUGAACUCUCUAUACUCGUUCUACUGGGAUGUGACACGAGAUUGGGACUUGAGCUGCUUCACUCGGAUUUUCAAGUUCAGCAAACCGCAUUCCUUGUCCCACAUGAUAUACGGAAGGAAAUGGGUGUAUUUUUGGGUGAUCGGAAGCAAUCUUAUCCUGCGAUGCACAUGGACAUACAAGCUGUCGGCUCAUCUUCGCCAUAAUUACCUCACAGUUUUCACCAUAACUGCUCUAGAGAUGCUCCGACGCUUCCAGUGGGCUUUCUUUCGUGUAGAAAACGAAUGGAACAAAAUGACCUCGAAGACAAAUAUUCAACUCUCAACGAGUGAGAUGGCGAAUGAGGAAGAGAAAUUACUUCAUUCCAAUGGUCAUAGUAUGGUAUCGUACACAAAUAUUCUUGAUUCGAGGGAAUCAUUUUAUGUUAGAGUCGAUGCUUAUUCUCUAAAUAAUGCCAUUGCUUGUUCUAGGAGCACGACCAGCAGCCUCUCCUCCAAUGCCAUUCUUCUCGAAAUCUAUAUACGAGAUGCCAUUGGGUGUCGACUGAUAUUCCGUUUCCCCUAUAGAAGCAACAUGGUAUUAGGAUCAAAGAAAGGGUGGAAGUCAAUAGUGCCCCUCCGUUUGAAAGGAAAAUCAGCUUCGCAUUUUUGUUUAUUCCCCAAAGCCAAGCCAGCCAAUUAUGGUCCCCGGAAUACUCCAGUUUAUCUCAAUGUGUAUGACUUGACAGUCAUGAAUGGUUAUAUCUAUUGGGCUGGCCUUGGUAUUUUUCACUCUGGUGUGGAAGUUCAUGGUGUAGAGUAUGCAUUCGGAGCUCAUGACUAUCCUUCAAGUGGGGUGUUUGAAGUUGAACCCCGACAAUGCCCGGGUUUUAAGUUUAGGAAGUCGAUAUUCGUUGGGACGACGUGCUUGGACAGCACCCAGGUUAGGGAGUUCAUGGAACGUGAAGCUGCAAAAUACAACGGUGAUACAUAUCACUUGAUUAUCAAGAACUGUAACCAUUUCUGCAAGGACAUAUGUUACAAGUUGACAGGGAAAAGAAUUCCAAAAUGGGUAAAUCGACUUGCGAAAUUAGGCUCCAUCUUCAACUGCGUGUUACCGGAAGCCCUUAAAAUUACCACGGUGGAACACGGUCACAAAUGCCAAGCAUUCGAUGAUAAUGAAAAGAGAAGGCUAAGAAAUACAUUUAGUUUCACCAUUAUAAGGGUGCUUACCUUUGUGGGAAUUGAGAAGGUCGAUGAGUGGCUCGUUCAAGGUAAGGUGAAAAAUGGCUCCAUAAGAUUGCGUCUGUCGUGCUUAUGCAUGAUUUCAUGA